CAUCCAACUCUUCCUUUACAGGUGGAUGUAUACUCGUACGGCGUGGUCCUUUGGGAGUUGGUGACACGGGAGCAGCCAUACAAGAACAUCAACCAAAUGGCUAUUAUUUAUGGAGUCGGUUCGAACAAUCUCUCGUUGCCGAUCCCAGAUUCUGCUCCCGAUGGCCUGAAGAUGCUGAUGCGACAGUGCUGGAGUGCCACACCGCGCAAUCGACCGUCAUUCACGCAAUGCCUGAAAUACAUGGACAUCUUGUAUGCGGAAUUCAAAGAAAUGGGGAGUGAGGAGUUCUUCCGACGUAGUGCUAAAUGGCGAGCCGAUGCGGCAAACAUACAGUAUCCCGAGACGCUCACCAAAGGGAACGCACAUAACUUUGCCGAACGAGAA